AUGACGGAUCAAAACGAACCCGAUUUAUCAGCUUUCGGUUUACCUACUUCAUUUGGAGCCGGUACAAUCACACGUGAAUCUAUAGCACCAUCAAUUCAAUCAUCCAACACAUCUCAUCACAACUCACGCGGAAGAGGAAGAGGAUUCGGAGUUAGUAAUCCACGAGAUAGAGGUAGAGGAAGAGGAAGAGGAAGAGGUAGGGGAAGAGAAGGUCCUUCAGGGUUUCAUCAAAGAGCUUUGGAUGAUGAAGUUGGUAAACAGGUAUCAAAAAGACCCAAGACGAACAACGGAGAAGGCUAUUACAAACCUUCAAUGAUUGAAGAUCCUUGGAAACAUCUCUACUAG